UGCGGUGAGUUUCGUGGUGCAUCGACUUAGGUACUAUGUAACUGCCAGAAAAAGAAAAAACCAACAGAAUGGCAGGCAGCAUCCAUGAAGGGCCGGAAUAUGGCACAGGGGAUUUUGUCCUGUUACCAGAAGUGUCCAUGCAAGCAUUUAUGUCUAAUUUACAGCUGAGAUAUGAGAAAAACAGAAUCUACACAUACAUUGGGGAGGUGGUUGUGUCUGUUAAUCCAUACCGGACGCUGGACAUCUACAAUAGUAGUUAUGUCGACCAGUACCGGGGACGUGAGAUUUACGAACGACCACCACACAUAUUCGCCCUGGCCGACAGUGCUUACAAGACGAUGAAAAGGAACAGUCGCGACACAUGUAUCGUCAUAUCAGGUGAAAGUGGAUCAGGUAAAACAGAGGCUUCCAAAAUUAUCAUGAGAUACAUCGCCGCGGUGACCAAUCUUAGUGGACAGAAGGAAGUGGAAAGAGUAAAGGAUGUUCUCAUCAAAUCUAACAUCAUCCUUGAAGCAUUUGGAAACGCAAAAACCAAUCGUAAUGACAAUUCCAGUCGUUUUGGCAAGUACAUGGAUAUCAACUUUGACUUCAAAGGUGAUCCUAUUGGUGGACACAUCAGUAAUUACUUAUUAGAAAAAUCUCGAGUUGUUCAUCAACAGAUGGGUGAGAGGAAUUUCCAUUCCUUCUACCAGUUACUGUAUGGUGCUAAGGAUGAGAAGCUAGCGGAACUGAAGUUAACACGAGACCCCAUGAAAUAUCACUUCAUCAGACAGGGCGGGGAUCCAAAGUGUGCAACGUUGAAUGACCGUGAUGAUUACCGUGCUGUCAUGUCUGCCAUGAAGACAAUGGGAUUCGCCUACAGCAAUGCUGAGGCCUUGUGGAGGGUUCUGUCUGCGAUCCUACAGCUGGGAAAUGUGGAAUAUGGAACAAGUGAAGAUCAUGAUGUGGCAUUUGUCCAAGACAAGAAGUUGUUGAGCAACAUAGCAGCCAUGUUGUCAGUAAGCCCUGAUGAACUCGAGAAGGCGCUGUGUUACCGUGUUAUUGCAGCAGGAGGACAGAUUGUUGAGAAGGGACUCAGUACAUCAGAAGCUCUGUAUGCCAGGGAUGCCUUCAGCAAGGCAAUUUAUGACCGCAUGUUUUCGUGGAUUGUGGCACAGAUCAAUGAGGCUAUUGACCCCAAGGUCAGCGGGGUAGGCUAUGUCGGAAAAAACACAGUCAUUGGCGUCCUUGACAUCUAUGGAUUUGAAAUCUUCGACAACAACAGCUUUGAGCAGUUCUGUAUCAAUUACUGUAACGAGAAGCUCCAGCAGUUAUUUAUAGAGCUGGUACUGAAACAGGAACAGGAAGAGUAUAUGAGGGAGGGGAUACAGUGGACACACAUCGAAUACUUCAACAACAAGAUCAUCUGUGACCUGGUUGAACAACCACAUAAAGGUGUACUGGCUAUCCUUGAUGAAGCCUGCCUAAGUGUGGGCAAGGUCACUGACGAGAUGUUUUUAUCGGUGAUGGCACAGAAACUUGGCAAGCAUGACCAUUUUACAUGUAGAGAGCUAGCCCCAUCAGACAAGACUUUGGAACACAGUCGGGAUUUUCGAAUUAAACACUACGCUGGUCAAGUGCAGUACAGUGUCAUUGGUUUCAUUGACAAGAACAAGGAUACGUUGUUUCAGGACUUCAAACGAUUACUCUACAACAGUAAAGAAGCACUGUUGAAGGAAAUGUGGCCAGAGGGCAGCCAAAAAAUUACAGAGACAACAAAACGUCCUACAACAGCUGGAACAAACUUCAAAAACUCCAUCAUAGCUCUGGUGCAAAACCUUGCCUCAAAAGAACCUCACUAUGUCAGAUGUAUUAAGCCAAAUGAGAUCAAGUCUCCGUCACGCAUUGACACUGAGCGUGUCCAACAUCAGGUGAUGUACCUUGGCCUGCUUGAGAAUGUCCAUGUACGGAGGGCUGGCUUCGCCUACAGGGCUGGAUAUAGCAGAUUCCUACAGCGAUACAAAUGUACCACUAAAGGAACCUGGCCAAACUUCCGAGGACUUGAUAUUGAUGGUGUGAAAAUGAUCAUUAACCAGUUCAAUUAUAACGACGAUGUUAAGUACGGGAAAUCCAAGAUAUUUAUCCGCUCACCCCAGACGUUGUUUGCCCUUGAGGAAGAGAGGGACAGGUCUUUACCAAAGAUCAUAAUCUUCAUGCAGAAGAUGUGGCGAGGAGCUAAUGCUAGACGAAAGGCAAAGUUCAUGCGGGCAAUCUAUCUGAUCAUGUCACGGUUUAGAAAGUACAAGAUGAGGCGCUACAUCAACAGCUGUGUGGAUCGCUUCAGGAAUGUCCGUAAAAUGAAGGACUUCGGGAAGUCCAUACAGUGGCCGAAGCCGCCGUCCGUACUGGAAGGUAUGGUGGCCAUGUUACAACAGACCCAUGGACGGUGGCGUGCACACAUGAUUCUCAGAAAUCAGCCUAAGUCAGAAUGGCCUGUACUAAGACUCAAGGUCACAGCACAGGAUGUUCUCAGAGGACAAAGGUCAGACUGGGGAUACCGCAGGAAGUGGGAGGCCAACUAUCUUUCAUCUGCGCCUGAAGUGUCCCAGACAAAGGACAACAGUAGCACUGCAGACUUUGUAACGAAGAUGAAUUCCCUCAAAACUCAUGAUGCUUUCACCAAGAUUUUGUUCUCCUCUUAUGUCAAGAAGGUAAACAAGCACAACCAGCAGGCUGAGCGAGCAGUAGCAGUAACAGACAAGUUUAUCUAUAAGCUGGACCCUCAUAAAAAGUUUAAACCCAUGAAGAAAGGCAUACCAACAGCUGAUGUCACCGGUCUAAGCAUAACCGCUGACUCCGACCAGCUGGUGGUCAUUCACCUUAAUGGGGGAAAUGACCUGGUCAUCUGUCUGUCCAGUCCAGGCAAGGAGGAACGAGUCGGCGAAUUUGUCGGUACACUCUGCAGGUUUUGGCAAUUGAAAGGCAAAGAACUAAAGGUUACCAUAUCCAAACCCAUCUCAUGCAUGUUGGGAAACAAGAGACGUCAGGUAGCAAUACGACCAGCUGCUGCUACCAGUACACCAAUGUUUCGUAAAGAGGGCGCUGACCUAGCCCUACACUGGCCGGAAGCUUAAAAGUCUCAAUUAACAGUCAGAUUUUCAUGGCUUUCAGAUAAACUGUGAUAUUUUUCACACUCCUAGAUAUUCAUAAAUUCUAUUUAAGAAUGUAUAAUGUUUGUUUACCAAUGUUUAGAUGUAUAAAAUAAACUGGUCAUUACCCAAUGGAUGUAUAGGAUGCUUGCUUUCACUUAUUCUUAAGGACAAUGUUUAUAGGUAAACUAAAACGUAAAUAAGUCCUGAUAGAGCAAAGAUCCUGGUUUAUGAUCAAGAUUCAGUAUUCUAAAAAACAAAAAAAACAUUUGUGUUCAACAGUUGACAUAUUAAAGAUAUGUCUUUCAUCUGCUACUUAGCACUAAGUUUUUGUCUAAAAUUGUAAAAUGGAGAUAUAUCGGUGAUCAAAGCUUUGGUCUGACAAAAGUAUAUAACAGAUCUACAGAUUGACUAUUUUGAAUUGAAAAUAUGGCAAUAUAUGUACAUUUAAGUAUCUUGCCAAUAUGUUUUAAGCUGGUACUACAGUUGGAAGAUCUGUGUCUUGUACAUGGGUGUAGCUUUGUUAGAAGAUGUGUACAUUUUUGAUAGAACACAUUGUUUUUAUGAAUCUUUGUUAGGACAUAUUAUUCUUUAUAAAACUUUGUAUUCAAUUUGAUAAUACAUAAAAGUGAAAUUGUUUGUUUUAUUUAUUAUAAAUCGAUAUCAAGAUUGAACUUUUGAUUUUUGUUUUGUUAUAUCUGGUGCAGUAUGUGGUUUAACUCUGGAAAACAGUGGUGCCAGUGUGUUUUAACAAAAUCAAUAAUAAUCUCUAUUGCUUGGUCACAUGUCAUGGUACAGAAUGGGAAACAAGGGUUUCAUUUGUGAUACUGUUGACUUGCUAAUAUUCAAGGGGAUUUAAUUUCAUGCUUUUUGCAGUUUAUAAAGAUAGCUCAAAAUGAAAUGUCCAGCAAACAUUAUAACAGAGAAUUAAAACCUCAGAAAAUAUUUUACUGUUUAAAAGGAUACGGACUGAUAUAUGUAUGGGUGUUUUCCCCCUAUAUAGGCCCAGGAAAAAUUCUUAUGCUAAUUAUUUUUUCCUCCUGUUUAAAUAAAUCAUUUGAAGGAAAGAAGGAUUUGGCAUAUUUCUUAUACAGAAUGGCUAUUUUACCCACAACAAAUUUACUUUAUCAGGAAAAUUGUUUUUUGAAUAGUCUGUAGAGACUGAACAAUUGAUAAGGGGAUUGUGAUCUCUAUAGGAGGACUUGAGGUUAAAUUGAAUUUAAAUUUUUUUUUCAUCGUUUAGAGGACACUCUCAUCUUAGAUUUUUUUUUAAUGAAAACAUAAAUGUGUUCAACCUUACCUAUAUACAUGUAUGUUGAUAUUUUUUUAUGGUAUAGAAGUAUAAUCAAGUUGUGUGAGAGGUUUUUGUAUCCUGAUAAUUAUGACAGACAUAUCCAUCCAUACGUAUGUAGUGCCUGUUAAAUUUGUAUACCAACAAAAACUUAAAUCCCAGUUGUGAUUUCAAACGAUGGCUAUGAAAUAAAAUAUUCUGUUGGAAAACUUUCAGAAAGUGGAUUCUGAUAGGUUCUGAUAACAGCAAGUAGUAAAAAUGUGAAAUUUUUAUAUAAUUGUUGAGAAUGACGGUCUUGUACACGUUAAAAGGUCUUGUAAGCGUUAAAAAUAAUAUUUCUACAUAUAUAAACUUUAUUUAGUAAUAUUUAUUUCACUACAAACCAAGCUGACAGCUUAAAUUGAAAACUCUUGCUGGCUCAGAUAGAAGCAUGGAAAGGACUGGGAGGGAACAGUGUCCCUAGGGAAAAUCCUCUUGUUGAACACGUGACCAACAUACUUUCAUUGUCCAGUAAAUCAAACUCCAGUCACCUAUGUGUUAUUUGUGUGAUACCUGCACAUUCUGAAGUUUGAAAUUUUCCUGAUAAAUUUUCUGGCCAGGUUAUGUUUUAGAUUUGUUGUUUGUUAGUAUAUUGAAAUAAAUUUACUGAGAAAUCACAUGUUGUGCCUUUAAAUUGUGAAACACUGGGAUAAAAAAUUGUGAUAAUAUUAAAACAUUUACAUUUUAUUUUUGUGCAAAAUUUCCUUUUGUGAUCUUAAGAAUAUGCUGUAAAGAUGGGGGACCAGACAGAUCCAAGCUCAUUACCAUGUGGAAAAAAUGUUGCGAGCGUUUCAUCUUAAGCAUUUUUGGUGGAAUGUGUAGUCAUUGAUAUGGUAAAUUGUUACAAAAAAAUGGCCUGAAGAAUCCGAAGAUGGCCUAAUGGUCAGUCUCUUUUGAGAUGUUUCAUUUCAAUUUCCCUUACAAAGACAUUUUUAGAGCUACUUUAAAUUUACAUUAUAUUUUCCAAAGCUUGCAUUUUGUAAAAUCUUGGUUAAAGGCUUGUAAAAACAGUUUACCAUCAAACAACAUGGCCCUGUUGAUGGUGAAUAUCCCUUAACUAUGUCUAUUUUUGUAAGUAUGAACAAAGUAACGUAUUGAUAUAUAUGGUAUAUGAAUAUGCAUGAAUGUGGCUCUAUUAUUGGCUUAUGAUAUACUAUCACAACAUUAUCACUAUUAAUAAAAUUACUGACAUGUAUUUAUAAAAUUUUUCUUGUGAUUGAAGAACUAUUUUUAGUUGAUGGAGAGUGAAAUCCUUUUGUUUGCAUGUUUUUUCCCUUGAUUGUCCAGCUGAUCAAAGAAAACUUUCAAAUGGAUGUUUUUUUUGUUGGUGAAAUGAAUAAACUGGAAAUAUUUCCGUUGAGAAUAUCUUGAAAAUUGACAAUCGAAACAAUUCUACCUAACUAUGAAACCUGUGGAAGUCUGUUCCUAACUCUCCUUUGUGAAUCAUGGAUCAAAAUCUCUACAUGAAAUAUAAGUGUCGUGUUUCAGCUCUGGAGGUCGAUACCUGUCCGAAUAUAUUUCCAACAACACUGCGAUCACUUGGAGAGAAUUGUCAUUAUAGUCAAAAAAUCAGGAGUGAUUAACUCACAAUAAAAUUAAUAUUUUGCUGAAAAAUUACCAUGGAGAAAAGGACAAAAUUCCAUAUGACGUGCAUUUCAACCAACAAACUUCCAUCAUUAGUACUUUAACAGUAGGACUGCUCCGAAAUUAUCAUAGUUGGACGUUUUGUGGCACAUGACAGAAGCUCAGACUUAUAUUUUGAUCCUAGAAGUUUUGUAACAAGUUCUUAAUUGUUGCUGUUUAUAUGAGGUAGUGGAAAUUAUGUGUAUAUAUUGAGAUGUGUAAAACAAAUGGAAAAUUUUGGUGACAAAGAUGGAGGCGUUCUGAUGGGAGAUAAACAGGAAAUUAGACCACUGAUGAAAGAGAUCAAUCUUUUUUAUAAUGUAGUUGUUGCAUUUCAACAGAUAUUUGCAUUUCAAUAUUCAAUAUUUGUAUCUAUAAUUAAAUUUAGCAUGGAGACAAACGUUUCCUGUAGAAUUACAGAGAGCUGGUAAAAUUUCUAUUUUCCUCGUAGGAAUUUGUUUCUAUGUGAAGACUGUGUUCUUACUGCUCUUAUGAAUCCGUGUGAGAAUGUUCAAUUCACCUGAAGUGCUAUUUUCCCGUUUUGUUGUCUCAAUGGUUGAAUUUUCAAUGAAAGAUCUGUUACAGGAGUUUUUUUUAAUUGGUUAAGGGAAAUCUGCUGUUUUCUUAAGCUUUUUUCACAACUUUAUAAAACGUAUGUUAAUAUUGCAUACAUUUCUACUUUGUUUAAAAGUGAUCUAUUGAUUUUUUUUGCAAUGUUAUUCAUUGACAAUAUGUAUACCUAUAUACAUUCAUUAUUAAAUUUAUUU